AUGAAGCCUGAGUCAUGGAAGGCCAUCUGCCAUGUGUGCGUGGCCAGCGGCCUGUGUGCAGCCACAGUGUACAUGGGCUUUUUCAAGGAUGUCUUUGUGCAAGUGGGCUUCGAGCACUAUGCGGAAGCCAUGGAUGAGCGCCUGCCUGCCUUCCUAGCCAUGCCCUUCAACUCACUCAUUAACUUGGCCUACGUGCUACUGGGAGCGUGCUGGAUGUGGACAGAUGUUGGUACCCUGGGCCAUCCCACCGAGCUGCAGAGAGCUCAGUACCUGAAGGAUGUCUUUGCCAGCAUGGCCCUGGUCUACGGUCCUGUUCAGUGGCUACGGAUCUGGACACAGACACACCCUGCUGCGGUGCUUGACCAGUGGCUGACCUUACCUAUAUUUGCCUGGGUGGUGGCCUGGUGUCUCUCCAUAGAUAGAGGCUGGGCACCUUGGUUGUUGCUCUGCAUCGAGGGCCUGUCCCUGUCCAGUUAUGGCCUUGCCCUGCUGCACCCGCAGGGGUUCGAGGUGGCACUGGGUGCUCACGUGGUGGCUGCUGUUGGGCAGGCCCUCCGCACCCACAGGCGGUAUGGCAGUGACACCUCAGCCACCUACUUAGCCUUGGGCAUGCUCUCCUGCCUGGGUUUUGUGCUCCUCAAGCUGUAUGACCAUGAGCUUGCCCAGUGGCGUCCUUUCCAGCGCCUCACAGGCCACUUCUGGUCCAAAGUCUGUGAUGUGCUCCAGUUUCAUUUUGCAUUUUUGUUUCUGACCAAUUUAAAUACUUCGCCAAGACUCCAUCCCAAAGAAAAGAUGCAUUAA